CCGACGGCGGCGCAGGCGCAGCUCGGGCCGGGCGCUCCCGGCGCUGCCGUAAAGCGGCACCGCGGCGGUUCCGGGAGCAGCGGGUAACAAAACCCAAACAAAAAAAAAUCACACAAGGACACAGUUCACUGAAAUGUGAGAAUGGCCAAUUCUUUAAGAAGUGAAGUGAUAAAACUGUACAAAAAUCUGCUGUACCUUGGAAGGGAGUAUCCCAAAGGAGCAGACUACUUCAGAAGCCGUUUGAAAGCAGCUUUUCUAAAAAACAAAGAUGAGACAGACCCAGAAAAAAUUAAGCAGCUGAUUGCCCGGGGAGAGUUUGUUAUAAAGGAGCUGGAGGCUUUGUACUUCCUGAGGAAAUACCGAGCCAUGAAGCAGCGCUACUACAGCGACGACAAGCCCUGACUGUGCCUGUAACCACACACACCAGGAAAGGUAACAAUAAAAGAGCUCUAACUGCAAAGAAGUGACAUGUAAAUCCUUCCAACCCUCUACAGCACAAAUGAGGGAGCUGCUUCCCUGCCAGAGAUCACUUGAAGGGUUUGGGGUGUGCAGAUUAUGGGUAAUAGGUUUUCCUGUGCUGCUUUUGAACUUCUCAAACUAAAACUUCAGGUAUGAAAGGAUUUUGCAAGAAGGAGUGGUUGCACAGCCCUGUUUUGUUUCACUUCAAUGCUUGUGUUGAACAGAAACUCUUCUUACCCCAUAGCUGUGUGUUUGGGUGUCAAUUCAAGGUGCUGUGCUUGUUACCUGAAAGAUGAAGCUGAUUUAAAAUCCUCCACAUUGAAC